AUGAAUGGAACUAUUCCAGAAAGCAUCGGACAACUUAGAGAGUUAGAGUUCUUGGAUCUCACCGGUUGUUCAUGGGAAGGCUUUAUAUCCGAAAAUCAUUUUCAGAACACUAGCAGAUUGGAUCAGUUUUUUUUAUCCAGCGAGGCAUCCAACUCUUUGGUUUUCAACGUCAGUCAUGACUGGAUUCCUAUCUUCAAUCUUACGAAUCUUUAUAUCAUGGAUUGUAAACUAAUGGAUACUGCUUUUCCAGUGUGGCUCAAAAGUCAAAAAUUCCUUGAGUACUUAACUCUUAAGAGAGGUGGAAUUUCAGAUACAAUACCCCAUUGGUUUUGGAGAUUUGCACCAUUCCUAAUGGAUGUGAAUUUAUCUCAUAACCAGUUAAGAGGAAACCUUCCCAAGUCUGUGAGUUCUCAUCUUCAACACGUUAUUUUGACAAAUAACAGUUUGGUAGGGUCCCUUCCACUUUGGCCAAAUGUAACACAACUAAGCUUGGCAAACAAUAAAUUUUCAGGGCCUAUUCCUCUAAACAUUGGCCACGAGAUGUCAGAGUUGGUGUUUCUUGAUCUCUCAAGGAAUUAUUUCUCUGGAAUUAUUCCUAGGGAUUGGACUGGUUUGCAAGAUUUGAAGGUCAUAGACUUUUCAAAUAACAAUCUAUCUGGUGAAAUCCCAAGCUCCAUGUGCUCCCAACUACCAUCACUCAAAUGGUUGAGAUUAAGCAACAACAAUCUUUCUGGGAAUCUUGAGUCGUCUUUGCAAACUUGCAGAAAUCUCUCUGCACUUGAUCUGACAGGAAACAACUUUUCCGGCACCAUACCAGAUUGUAUUGGAGAAAACCUUCAUACAUUGUCUUAUUUAAUUCUAAAAGCCAACAAGUUCACAGGAAAUAUUCCUCAUCAAUUAUGUGAUCUCUCCUCUCUUCAGGUUUUAGACCUUUCCCAAAAUAAUAUAUCUGGCUCCAUUCCUGCAUGUCUUGGUGGUUUGAAACAAAUGGCAACAGGAGAUGGCUUGCGUAUCGGCUGGAUGAUGGACUUCUGGUUUCCUGAUGAUCCUAUGCAUAUCGACUUAAAUGUGAAAGGAGUAGUAUAUGAAUAUAUUGCUAAUAUCAUAAAACUCAUUAAAAAGUUUGACCUGUCAAGUAACAAUCUGUCGGGAGAAAUACCAGAAGAGCUGAAAAAUCUCAUGGCUUUGGGUAGCUUGAACUUAUCCCAUAACCAUUUGACAGGAAAGAUACCAGAGGGUAUCGGAAGCUUACAUGAGCUAGAAGCACUUGACCUCUCUAGUAACCAUCUUUGGGGUUUAAUUCCUUCAAGCAUGACCUCUAUGACUUCACUAAGCAAAUUGAAUUUGUCAUUCAACAACUUCUCUGGGCCAAUCCCAUCAGCCAACCAAUUCCCCACCUUCGAUCCAACCUCAUUUGAAGGGAACUCCGGGCUUUGUGGACCUCCAUUGCCAACCCGAUGCAGCUCAGCAUUCUAUAAUGAUCCAGCUGCAAAGGUUGAGGAAGAUGAAGAAGAUAAGUAUGGAAAAUUAUGGUUCUAUGCAAGCACAGCAUUGGGGUUCAUUGUAGGAUUUUGGGUUGUUUUUGGAAGUUUGGUGAUAAAGAGGUCAUGGAGACAUGCUUACUUCCAGUUUCUUGACAAUAUGAAAGACAAGCUUUGCUUCUGUUUUUGGAAGUGA